UCUAGGCCUGCAUAAAUUAAAAAGAUAAAACACCGUGUUCUGAGCUAAAACUCCCAAAAUAUUCUCAACUGUGCCAUUCUUAAUGUAAUAAUUGUAAAUAUUAUAUCAAAGCUCCAGUAGCAAAUUCAACCCUUGACCUUUUCCUAUAUAAGUAAUCACUUCCAAGAAGUACCCAUCUUAAAUUCCCAGCCUCUGUAAACUCUCUAAGCAUGUCAACCUCUACUUCAACCGCUCAACUAUUUCAAGAUUUUGUAGGGGACUUUUACUCAAGAAGAUUGCUACUACACACCCCCCUUUACCAAUCACCAACUGCGGCAGCUCCUGCAGCUCCUGGAAAUGGCCACAAUCCAUCAGAAACUUACACCAGAGAUAACAAUUUCGACGCAAAUGUUGUUAUGGUCCUCUCAGUCCUCUUAUGUGCCCUGAUUUGCUCACUUGGAUUGAAUUCCAUCAUUAGGUGUGCAUUGAGGUGCUCCAAUUUGGUAGCUUCCCAGUCUGCUGGCGAUUCCUCAACUCGAUUAGCCAAUACAGGAGUCAAGAGAAAAGCAUUAAAGACGUUCCCAACAGUAAACUACUCAACUGACUUGAAGCUGCCUGGUCUGGACACAGAGUGUGUGAUAUGUCUUUCAGAGUUCACAGCUGGUGAACGUGUACGCCUUCUGCCUAAGUGCAACCAUGGAUUCCAUGUCCGGUGCAUCGACAAGUGGCUCAGCUCACACUCAUCCUGCCCUACUUGCAGGCACUGCCUGAUUGAGACAUGCCAAAAGAUUGUUGGUUGCAACCAAGCUACCUCAUCAGAACCUCCACCAGUGCAAGAAAGCAUUGUGAACAUAGCACCACUAGAACCUGAAGAAUUUGGACCAGAGGGGAGCAAAGUAAGGCCUAAGAACUGGAGCCUGUUUAGACUGUGACACUGCACUGACUCCAAGUUUGAAGGCUGUCCACAUCACAAAUAGUUUCCAGAUAAUUACCGCAAUAAGUGGUGAAUGUCGACAGCAAACCUACAGAGAAAAUCUCAACAACCAGAUUUAUAGUUUAAUAAGGUUAGUGUGUUUUUGUCAAGUGUUCAUUUUCAUUAUCAGCCGGAAAGGUCCUACUACUUGCACUACCAGAAGUGCCCAUCAGUUAUAAAGGACUUAAAUUCAUAUUUUAUUUAACUCCAUAUAGAAACCAGUAAAAUGUACUUGCU